UCCAAUUCGUUGUGGUUCUGGAACGAAGAAUCACACUCGUUAGGUAGUCCGAUUAUAAAUUCUCGUAAGAAUACUCAUUGGAGAAAAAAAAAAAAACAGCCAAAAUUUCAACCUAAUUAUAUUUGUCAAACCCCACUCCCAGAUAGACAAAAACCCAUCAAAUCUAAAGUGACAAAGCCAAUAAAUUAUCAAUUGUUAUUUGAUGAGCUGAAUUGGGCCACGAACCAUUCAUGGCGGAGAAUGCAGAAGUUGAUGAGAGGGUGGAUCUUGACGACAAUUACAUGGAGGAAGAGGAUGAUGAUGUCGAAGAACAUCUAGAUGAGGACGGAGUGGAUAAUGUUGGUGAUGGAAAUGGGGAAGAAAAUGAUGAAGAGGAGUAUGAGGACUCAAAAUCUGGGGUGGAUGGAAAAGAUCAAUCAUCGGAAGUAGAAAGAAGCCACGGUGAAGCGGAGCAUGUGGAAGAUGAAGAAAAGCCCAUGGUUUCUGUUAGUGAAGAAGAAAAAGCAAAGCAUGCUCAACUUCUUGCCUUGCCUCCCCAUGGUUCUGAGGUUUUCAUUGGGGGGCUUCCAAAGGAUGCCUCAGAAGAAGGCUUGAGAGAACUUUGUGAACCAAUAGGAGAAAUUUUUGAGAUACGAUUAAUGAAAGAUAAGGAAUCUGGUGAAAGCAAGGGUUAUGCUUUUGUGGCAUUCAAAUCGAAAGAGGUUGCACAAAAGGCAAUUGAAGAGUUGCAUAGUAAAGAGUUCAGGGGUAAAUCAAUAAGGUGUUCACUCUCUGAAACUAAGAACAGAUUAUUUAUUGGUAAUGUUCCAAAGAGCUGGACUGAGGAUGAGUUCAGAAAAGUCAUUGAUGGUGUUGGUCCUGGAGUUGAAAAUAUUGAACUCAUAAAGGAUCCUCAGAUUACGAGCCGUAAUCGUGGUUUUGCUUUUAUCUUGUACUACAACAAUGCCUGUGCUGAUUAUUCUAGGCAGAAAAUGUCAAGUGCAAAUUUUAAGCUGGAUGGCAAUACCCCUACCGUCACCUGGGCUGAUCCAAAGAGUACACCUGAUCAUUCUGCUGCUUCACAGGUGAAGGCUCUGUAUGUGAAAAACAUUCCUGAUAACACUUCUACUGAGAAACUGAAGGAAGUAUUUCAGCGCCAUGGGGAAGUAACAAAAGUGGUUAUGCCACCUGGCAAGGCUGGGAAGCGGGAUUUUGGGUUUAUACAUUAUGCUGAAAGGUCAAGUGCUUUAAAGGCUGUCAAAGAUACUGAGAAAUAUGAAAUAGAUGGCCAAGUCUUGGAGGUUGUCCUUGCCAAACCUCAGACUGAUAAGAAAACCGAUGCAGCAUAUCCUUACAGUGCUGGGCUCCACCCAAACCUUCUUCCUCAUCCUGGUUAUGGUGGUUUUACUGGAGCUUCAUUUGGUUCUGUAAGUUCUGGUUUUGGUGUUGCUACUAGUUUUCAGCAGCCAGUAAUAUAUGGAAGAGGGCCAAUGCCAGCAGGGAUGGCUAUGGUACCCAUGGUUCUACCAGAUGGCCGAAUAGGAUAUGUCCUUCAGCAGCCUGGAGUGCAGAUGCCAACCCCUCGCCCUCGAAGAGUUGAUCGGAGCACUGGUCCAGGUGGGCCAGCAGGCCGAGGUGGAAGUAGUGGUAGUGAUGAUGGCAACCGCAGCAGAAGGUAUCGACCCUAUUAGUUUGUAAAAGUGUAGAGACAUAUGUUGUAGCUUUUCGGAAACAGGAGACAUUAUAGUUGGAUGACUGAUUAUGUGGACGAAUAACAAACUCCUUAACCACCCUCGGUCUCUCUCUUUCACUCUCUCCUCCCAAGUCCAUCACCAAAAAUCAAGGAGAAAAACAAAAUAGAAAGAGUGAAAACAAUGUUGGAAUCGGGAAACUGGAGCAUCAUGUAAAACUUGAAUGUUUUUAGGAGAGGCUUUUGAAUUAUUGUUUGACAAGUUUAAUUGUACUUCGUGGUAUUGUUUUAUUGGCACAUAUUGUCCCAAGGGCUGUUCAGGCUCUA